AUGGCUAAAGGCACAGCAGUUAUACUUCUCUUCUUCAUAAUCAGUACAAGUGCCGUCCUCGUCAAGGCCGACGAUGCAGCGCCAAUCCCCGCCACGAAAGGGGCGUUGGAAGGGUGGUUCAGCGCAAAUGUGAAGCCAGUAGCUGAGAGCAAGGGCCUGGACCCCGCACUGGUGGCGGCCGAGACGGGCCCUGCCAAAGUGAUCAAGGUGAUGAAAGACGGGAGUGGAGAUUUCAAAACCGUGCAAGAGGCCAUAGAUAGUGUCCCCGCCGGCAACUCAAAGCGUGUGAUAAUCAUAAUUGGAGGAGGAGAGUACAUCCAGAAAGUGAAGAUCGUAAGAACCAAGCCAUUCAUCACGUUAUACGGCUCACCAAAAGCACCUCCCACGUUGUCGUUCUCCGGCACAGCAGCUGAGUUUGGCACCGUCGACAGCGCAUCCGUGAUUGUGGAGUCGGACUACUUCGUUGCAGCAAACAUAAUAUUCAAGAAUUCUUCACCGAAGCCAGAUGGUGUAAGAAAGGGAGCUCAAGCCGCUGCAUUAAGGGCAUCAGGGAACAAGGCAGCGUUUUACAAUGUUAGAUUGUUGGGAUUUCAAGACACCCUUUGCGACGACAGAGGGUUCCAUCUUUUCAAGGACUCUUACAUUGAGGGUACUGUGGAUUUCAUUUUCGGAAGUGGGACGUCUCUAUAUUUGAACACCGAAUUGCAUGUUCUUGGUGAUUCCACAGAACCGACUGUGAUAACAGCGCAGGCCAGAGAGACUGCCGAUACCACCGGCUACUCAUUCGUUCAUUGCAAAAUUACCGGCACUGCCAAGGACGCUAUUUUAGGACGAGCUUGGCAGUCCAGUCCGAGAGUGGUGUUUUCCUACACCGACAUGGCUGCCACUGUUGUUUCGCCUUUAGGGUGGUCUAGCAACAACAAACCUGAACGUGAGAGCACCGUUUUCUUUGGCGAAUACAAAAACAUAGGAGGAGGUGCAAGCCCAGCAGGCAGAGUCAAAUUUUCCAAGCAACUAACUGAUGAGCAAGCCAAACCUUUUCUCAAUCUCGGUUACAUUAAGGGAUCCUCAUGGCUCCUUCCUCCACCCAGUCCUCAAGUUUAG